CAGCUUUCUGUUCUACAACUGUUCAAAAUCCAUUUUCUCGUUCAUUCCUCCCUCGAUGUCCCCGUCGUCGCCCAACAUUGUCAUUCAGUCCCCCGACGCUGAUCCCAACGACGAGCUCGCCCAUUCACCCCUAUCACCACCUCCCAUUAUCAUUCAUGACAACCUUCUUUCUCCCACCUCUGCACAUCCUCGUGGUUCCAAUGCGUCUGUAGACUCGCCCACCUCACCUACGCCCACCGCCUUGGAAUCAAAUGAUACUUCUUCCAUUCUUACUAUACCACCGUCACCCACCCUCUCCAACAAAUCUUUAGAGCCGAAAUCCACUCUCGCCCUCAGACACAACCAGCCAGAUUCUUCUAGCGGAAUGGGUUCUCUCUCAAUGCUUUCGCCUGAUGGCCAUCGUCGCAAAGGCAGUACAGCAACGUGGGUCUCUACAGACGGUACAGAGCCUGAUUCUCAUAGUAUGGGUCGCGUCGCAAGCCCAGGGAUGGAGCUUUCACAUGUCAAAACAAACACUACCGAAGCUACACGAGUCCAUGCUACCAAUGACGAGCCAUCAAGGAGACCAAAGAAAUCAAAGAGGGAGAAAGCUAUAGAGGAUGAGGAGAAGCAGAAGCAGCUUGCUCUUGAGCAGGAUAUUAAUGUCGACCAGACUCCGUUCAAAUUCAAGCCUUACGAGCUCGCUCACAUGUUCGAUCCCAAGAGUUAUGAGGUCCUCGAGAGCUUUGGUGGCGUGAAUGGCGUGGUACGAGGGUUAGGUGUGGAAUCAUCGCGCGGCCUAAGUCCGGAUGAUGAAGGCGCGGUCGACGAGGGUGGACGACAACGAGGACCAAGUCACGACCCCAACUUGCCUGAAAUUACAUUGACCGAACCAGGCGGUGGUCAAGGUAAAGCUGCUUCUGCUUCCGACUUGACUAACAGCGACGACUGGGACAACUCAGCGGCUUUGAAAGCGUCUUUUGCACAACGCCGGCACGUUUAUGGCGGAAAUUCUUUGCCUACUCGUAAAGCAAAGAGUCUGUUCGCCCUCAUGGCAGCAGCAAUGAAGGACAAAGUCUUGAUACUUCUUUCGAUUGCCGCAGCCGUCUCUCUCGCCCUCGGACUCUUUCAAGAUUUUGGUACAGCUCGUCAAAGUAGUGAGCCUCCUGUGGAUUGGGUCGAAGGCGUGGCUAUCAUCGUAGCCAUCGUUGUUGUGGUCGUGGUCGGGUCUCUAAAUGAUUGGCAGAAGGAAAAGCAAGUCCAAGCUCUCAAUAACAAAAAGGAUGAGCGUGGAGUGAAGAUAAUCAGAGGUGGGCAGGAGACCGUUCUUGAUUCCAAGGUGUGCCUUCAAGUUGUCGUUGGAGAUAUUGCAUUACUGGAACCAGGUGAAAUUGUUCCUUGUGACGGCAUAUUCUUGUCAGGACACAAUGUGAAGUGUGACGAAAGCGCUGCUACCGGAGAAAGCGAUGCUAUAAAGAAAGUGGCAUGGGCUGAUUGGACAGCUAUGAGACAACGAGAGAAGGAGGGCGGUCCCCAUGUGAACCAUACGGAUUGCUUCAUACUCAGUGGUAGCAAGGUUCAGGAAGGAAUGGGAAAAUACCUCGUCGUAGCAGUCGGCCAAAAGAGUUUCAAUGGCCGUAUCAUGAUGGCUUUGCGUGGUGACGCUGAGGCUACCCUAUUACAGCUCAAGUUGAACGAUCUUGCCGAACUCAUCGCCAAACUAGGUUCUAGUGCUGGUCUCAUACUGUUUAUCUCCCUCAUGAUUCGAUUCUUCGUUAACCUCCCUAAUGACCCACGCACACCCAACGAAAAGGGAAUCACAUUCGUCAAUAUUCUCGUCAUCUCCGUUUCCUUGAUUGUCGCCUCUGUUCCAGAAGGUCUUCCUCUUGCUGUGACUCUAGCACUUGCUCUCGCAACCAAGCGAAUGACGUAUGAGAAUCUUCUCGUCCGUGUCUUGGGGAGUUGUGAGCAGAUGGCGAACGCCAGUGUUAUUUGUACAGACAAGACGGGUACCUUGACGCUGAACGAUAUGACUGUCGUUGCAGGGAGUCUCGGGAUUCACUGCAAGUUUGUUCGCAAGUUGGAGGACAACGCCGGGAGGACGAACGCUGGGGACUGUCUUGAACAGGACAAAGAUAAGGACACGGACACGGGCACAGACAUGGGCACGGACAACCAUCUGAUGGCCACCCUUGAAAGGAAACAUAAAGACGACUUCUCACUUGAUCAAUCACAGCUCGACACUGUCCUUUCCCCUUCGUUGCAAAAGUUAAUCAACGAGAACAUCGCUGUCAACAGCACCGCCUUCGAAGACAAGGAUCCUGCGAGUGGCGAACCUAUCCUGGUUGGGAGCAAGACAGAGACGGCGUUAUUGAAAUUCACAAAAGAAUUAGGUUGGCCUUAUUUCCACAGUAUUCGGGAGACGGUUGGUGCGGACAAGAAUGUCGUUGCUGUGUAUCCGUUCUCGAGUGAGAGGAAGGCAAUGGGUAUCGUUGUCAAGACUGGAGACGGCAGAUACCGGUUGCACGCAAAAGGGGCUAGUGAGAUUUUGAGCAGGAGGUGUACGAGACAUGUGGUCGUCGGGAGGCCUGGGAAGGAGUUUCCGGAAGAUGCCUCGAUUGAAACAAAGGAAAUUGGAGAACUGGAGUCGGACAAUAUCAGCCGGACCAUCAUAUUUUAUGCUAACCAGACGUUACGAACGAUCGCUCUGUGUUAUAGGGAGUUUGAGCAGUGGCCGCCGAAGGACGCAACGAUGGAGGACGGUGAACCCACCUGGGAAUCCCUUUCCACCGACAUGACUCUUAUCGGCAUCACUGGUGUUGAAGAUCCUCUACGUCCUGGAGUUCGUGACGCUGUAGCUCAAUGCCGUCGGGCUGGUGUUACUGUCAAGAUGUGUACUGGCGAUAAUGUCCUCACAGCUCGUUCGAUCGCGGCACAGUGUGGUAUCUUCACUCAAGGUGGUAUCAUCAUGGAGGGUCCAGUCUUUAGGAAGUUGUCUCAGUCUGAGAUGAUUGAAAUUGUACCCAGACUACAGGUUCUCGCUCGUUCGUCGCCCGAAGACAAGAAGGUUUUAGUCGACACCUUGAAGCACAUUGGAGAAAUAGUUGGUGUCACCGGUGACGGAACCAACGACGGUCCUGCCCUGAAGAGUGCACAUGUUGGUUUUUCCAUGGGUAUCGCUGGGACAGAAGUGGCAAAGGAGGCUUCUGAUAUCAUCCUAAUGGAUGAUAAUUUUGCAUCGAUAGUCAAGGCGAUAAUCUGGGGUCGUGCUGUUAAUGAUGCCGUCCGCAAGUUUUUGCAGUUUCAGAUUGCCACCAACAUCUGUGCUGUCAUCAUCACUUUUGUCUCUGCGGUCGCAUCUGGAGAAUCAGAGUCAGUUUUGUCCGCCGUGCAGCUGCUUUGGGUGAACAUUAUCAUGGACACCUUUGCUGCUUUGGCCCUUGCCACGGAUCCUGCUUCAGAAUCCCAUCUCGACCGCAAACCUACCAGGAAAUCUGCUCCGUUGUUCACUACCCCGAUGUACAAGCAAAUCAUCUUCCAGGCUAUGUAUCAGGUCAUUAUCCUCCUCAUCUUCCAUUUCCUCGGUCUCAAAAUUCUCGGCUUGGAAGACAACGAGCACAAUCAUAAAAUCGUCAAGACACUCGUGUUCAAUGCAUUCGUAUUUUGUCAGAUCUUCAACUCCAUAAAUUCACGGCGACUGGACAACAAGCUCAACAUCUUUGAGGGUAUUACUCGAAAUUGGUAUUUCGUCGCUAUCACUGUUAUUGAAAUCGGAAUUCAAAUUCUUCUUGUUUUUGUUGGUGGCGCUGCUUUUACCGUUACGCCAAUAGGCGGUCGUGAAUGGGGAAUUUCUCUUGCAUUGGGAUGUGCUGCGUUACCGAUCGGUGCCCUUAUCCGAAUGCUCCCCGAUGGACCGUUUGAGAGGACGUUCAAGCGAUUAGGUCUCUUAGGACGAACGAAGAACCUUCCAACAACGUCUCCAGAUCAAGAAGAAGGUUGGUUUGGAGCUGCCUCUUUGGUCCGUCACAACCUUAGAACAUUCACCACACUACGUGGAGGUCGACUUCGGGCGAAUUCCUUUGUCGCCAAAAGCCGUUUAGCACUUCCUCGACACAAGGAGAAAGAAACGGAGCUUAUUGGAGUUUCCUCUAUACUUGCCAUGGCACCGACUCUGAUGGCGGGAUCUAUCGCUGCUCGAGGGUAUAACGGUGACCUUUCGGACCCGGCCUCUCAGGAUCCUUCGAAAUCUUCUGCCGCUUUAUGGGAAGGCAAAUUGCAACUACAUCCAGAUACGUCUCCUGACGACCCCGCGUAUAAAAAGUAUGGAGGUGAUCAGAACAUCGGAUAAAUUCUUGAAGGAUAUGCCGGCGAUAAGGAUCCGAGGAAGAAGCGGGAGUUGGCCAAUGUACAUAAAUGAGCACGAACAUAUACGAAUCUCACAUCUAGUGUGUGCAGGGACCUUAAUUAUGACCUAUUAUAAUUUAGACACGCACAAAUCGCGUUACGAUCUCAGUAAUACUCCAAACGUUGUCAAUACAUCAUAAUUCAACUUUACGGGAGUUACUACAGGAAAUAUUAUAGCUAGCAUGUGA